AUGUUGGUUCAGACCAUUGGUCUAGUAUGUUUCGCUCUGGAUGCCGCCGCCUUCGCAAUCCCACCGCUGCCACAUCUGAGCCACUUCCUAGGUGUUGGUCAGGCACAGAAACAGCAGCAACCGUUACAAGAUACCCUUGAUUCAUGGAUAGACAAAGAAGAACGAAUCGCACUGGACAAGUUGCUAGCGAACGUUGCACCAGGUGGUAGAAGUGUCGAAGGCAAAGGCGUUGUGCCUGGCACAGUAAUCGCGAGUCCAAGCACCUUCGAAGACUUGUCUGGUCUAGGCGAGCCCAAGUUCGGUGUUGAUGGCAAGCCUUUUACAGGCUCUUGGGGAAGGCCACAACGUGAUGGGCCCGCAUUACGCGCUCUAACGCUCAUGCACUACCUGCGCGAAUACAAUGCUUCGAAUCCCUCUCUUUGGUCUUCAUCACAGGCUGCAUACUUCUUCGAGCCAUACUAUCAUGCAUCAAUGCCGCCAAAUAGUGUGAUCAAGGCCGACCUGGAGUAUGUGAGCCAUUACUGGAAUGAGACCAGUUUCGACCUGUGGGAAGAAGUCGAGGGACUACAUUUCUUCAAUCUCAUGGUUAGCGCCAGGAGUUUAAGAGAAGGCAGUGGCUUUGCAAGAUCCUUUGGAGACCAUGGGGCGGCAGAGUGGUAUGAAGAGCAGGCAGGAUACAUCGAGAAGCUUCUUACCAAAUUCUGGAACCCGAACAAAGGGCACCUAGUCGAGACGCUCUGGAGCAAAAGAAGCGGCCUGGACUGCGGUCUACUUCUCGGAUCUUUGCAUUCCUUGCCUUCUGAAGAAUCUUCAGAAGAAGCGGUAUAUCCACCGUGGUCUGAUGAGAUCCUCAUCUCCCUCCUCGCCUUGACUCGUGACCAGCACGAUCGAUUUCCAAUCAACAGCAGUCCAUCCGAGGACCAAGAUGACGGGGAAGACGCUUACGCGUUCGAAGGUACUGGUCUUGGUCGCUAUCCAGAAGACGUGUAUGAUGGUUACGGCAAUUCCUACAGGGGUGGCAAUCCCUGGUUUCUGUGCACAUCUUCUGCUGCCGAAGUCUUGUAUCGCACCGCCUCACACCUCUCCACCACGUCGAACCUUACCAUCACGCUUCUCGCCCUACCAUUCUACCAGUCACUUCUCGCAACUUCAAGCCUCGAUGUUGAAGUGGGCACAUUUGGCUCCAGUGACGCACUCUAUAACUCGGUCAUCGAAAAGCUCAAAACGACUGGCGACAGUUUCCUCGAAGUCGUCAAAGCUCAUGUGGACGCUGAAGGCAGCAUGAGCGAGCAGUUCGAUGGGAUGAAUGGCUUUAUGCGCGGAGCAAGAGAUUUGACAUGGAGCUAUGGUGCCUUUUUGGGCGCUGUGAGAGCAAGAAAGAUGGCGCGGGAUGCGUGA